AAAGGCCCUCCACUUUUUUGUAUCCCUCGACUCUUUCUCUAUUCCCAUUCCCCACCCAAACCCCAAUUUGCAUAAACCUCAUGUUUCAAUCAUAAUCACCCAUAACACCACCAUCAUCAUCUCUCUCUUGUAUAAUCUAGUGAGAGAAAAUCAACAAUGCCAUCAAUUCUCAAGAAACCCUAACUACCAAGAUUUGUUUGAACCCAUCCCAAUGGACCUCACCACCACCAAAAUCCCUGAAAAUGGAACCCCACCAAAGAGCCAACCAAACAAGUCCUUAACCUUCAGCAACGGCGCACUCAAAAGACGCAACUACCACUACCACCACCACCACCACCUGACACCAGGCCCACCGCCGCAGCCGCGGGCCGCGGCGGUGGUGACAUACAAAGAGUGUCUGAAGAACCACGCAGCCAGCAUAGGUGGCCACGCGGUGGACGGCUGCGGAGAGUUCAUGCCCUCCCCCACCGCCACCCCCACAGACCCCACCUCGCUAAAAUGCGCCGCGUGUGGUUGCCACCGCAACUUCCACCGCCGUGAACCGGACGACCACCACACCAAAACCACCCUCACCACCGCCACCCACUUCCUCGAAUUCCGCAACCACCCCCACCGUCCUCAGUCACCACCCCUUGGCGGCGCCUCCGCCUCACCCUCCCCCUCCCCCUCCCCCUCCCCAUCCCCACCACCACCACCACCCUUGCACUACUCAUCAGCUCCCCACAUGUUACUCGCCCUCAGCACCGCCCUACCUGAUGACCCACCGGCAAUGAACCACCACCACCACCCAGUAUCUCCGCCACCGCCGCCGGCUACGGCGGCGCACCCAAGUGGGCGAAAGCGGUUUCGGACCAAAUUCAGCAGAGAACAGAAGGAGAAGAUGUUUUCAAUGUCUGAGAAAUUGGGUUGGAAGAUGCAAAAGUGUGAUGAAUCAUUGAUUGAAAAUUUCUGCAACGAAGUUGGGAUUGGUAAGAGUGUUCUCAAGGUUUGGAUGCACAAUAACAAGAACACUUUUGGCAAGAGAGAGACCAACACCACCACCACCAACAACAAUUAUGCUAAAGCUGGCUUUGAUAACAGCAAUGGCCAAAACACCAACACAAACAACAAUAGUCAAUACCAUAACCAUCGCGAGAGUAGUGGUGUUCAUCUUAAUGUUUCCACUGAUGGGUCUUCUUCUUCAUCUUGAUUUGUAGUGAGAGAAAAGUAAGAGAGAGUGGGUUAGAGAGAGAAAGGGGAAUAGAUCGAGUACUGGUGAUAUUAGUACGACUUGCUUUCUGUUCCCAUUUCUCUUGUUCUGUUGAUCGUGCAGUUAAUUGAAUGCUAAUCUUUGUAAAUGGUGGAGAGAAAGGGAAGAGAGAAUUAUAAUUCCUUUCCUUUUGAGGAAUACUAUUUUUGUUAAUUUUCUGUUAUCUUUUUUCUCUAAAAAAAAAGGUACUUCCAUCUUUCAUU